CGUCGUCAUACACAGCCUCUCAGCUGGGAGGAGGAAGUGGUGCUGCGUGCUCAGUCCUUUGCGGGCUGUCUCCUGCUCAGGCAGGACCUUUCCGUUAGCUGGGCUCAUCGGGAGGAGAGAGGCUGGGAAGGAGGGAGAGAUUCCGUAGCCGUUCGCCCUCUGCCAUUUUGUGCAAAUUCUGGCAGCUUUCGAGCAGGGAUUUGGGAUCGCGAACACACAGCCGUGUCAGCUAUGAGCUGAUAGUUGAUCUGUCUUCAUCCCUGACGUGUGUUACAGUGAGCAGCUGUGGUGUAUGCAGUCAGACCCAGAAAAGCUGAUCUUUGAGGUGUAUCUGGACGGAGACCCAUCGCAGGCAUGUGUUCCAUGAACCACCCCAACUGGGUGACGUUUGAGGAUGAGGCCACGCCCCUCUCAUCGCCCCAGAAGCCCCUGCAGUCGCCGUCGGCGAGCGCGGCGUCGCCGUCCAGGCCCAACGGUCUGAAGCUGAUGCUUCCCGCCGCGGGCGACCCCUCCUGGAGCUUCAGCACCUCCCUGGACUCCCCCCAAAUGCACUUUUAUUUUAACGGGGGCUCCUGUGUGCCCGCCAACACGCCCCUGUGCACGCCCGUGCGGGAGACCCCCGCCGGCCCGUCGCCCUUCCUGUGCGGGCCCCAGGGGCGGCCCGACUUCUUCCGCAGCUUCUCCAGCCCCUCGUCCGCCACGCUGCCGUCCCCCGGCCACGAGCGGGCCCCCUCGGGGGGCUCCAGCCCCUUCCCCGCCUUCCAGGACGAACCGGGCCACUUCAACCCCUUCUGGGGAGAGCCGGCACGUCCCGAGUCCGGGGGCUCCUCCUCGGACUCGGACUCGGGCUCCGCCCCGCCCCGCUUCUUCAUCCGGACCAAGGACGGCUACCAGCCCCCGCGCGACCCCAUCCACAGCUCCUACAGCUACAUCUGCCACAAGCUGGAGCGCCUGCGGGCGGAGGACCAGUGCGGGGGCGGGGCCGGGGGUGGAGGAGGAGGAGGGGCGGCGCCCUGUGCGGCGGGGGCUGACGGACCGGAGGCGGGGGGCCGUCCCUCCUUCGUACCCCAGGGCCUGCUGCUCAGCCAGCGGCGGGACGGCUGGCCCAUGAUGCUGCGCAUCCCCGAGAAGAAGAACCGCAUGUCGUCCCGCCAGUGGGGGCCCAUCUACCUGCGUCUGCUCCCGGGGGGCGUGCUCCAGAUGUACUACGAGAAGGGCCUGGAGAAGCCCUUCAAGGAGUUCCAGCUGCUGCCGCAGUUCCGGCUCUCCGCCCCCAAGCUGGAGAGCUACGGCGAGCCCCGCAAGAUCCACGCGGUGAAGGUGGAGCAGGUCUCCUACGCCGAGCGCAAGCGCUACCACCCCAAGCCGGAGGUGACGCACGAGGCCGAGGCCGAGCAGCUGCUGAAGCUGGGCACCGCCGAGCCGGGCGACAUGGAGGACCUGGUGGCGGCCGUGGAGGAGGAGCUGAUGAAGCUGCCGCACCCCGCCCAGCCGCGCCGCCACUACGAGGAGCAGGAGAUGUCCCUGGCCGUGGUGGACCACCUGUGGGCGCGGCUGGACCGGGAGGGGGCGCUGCUGGAGCGGGCGGCCCUCACGCGGGUCUACUGCCUGGCCUUCCUGAACGGCGCCGGCGACUGCUUCCUGGCCCUCAACGACGCGCAGCUGUGCCGCAGCGACCCCGUCUACGGCUCCGAGGAGGAGGAGGGCGAGGGCGCCUGGGUGGAGGUGGCCGACUGCCGCUUCCACCCCUGCGUCAACGAGGCCGAGUUCCGCCGGUCGCGGCUGGUCAAGUUCUGCCCGCCGGACGCCUGCCGCGUGGAGGUCAUGCGGUUCAAGACGGCCUCCCUCGGGCCCGCCGAGCUGCCCUUCUCUGUGAAGGCGGUGGUGACCGUGCAGGGCGCCUACGUGGAGCUGCAGGCCUUCCUGAACAUGGCGGCCGGCCCCUCGGGCGAGCCGGCGCCGUGCGAGAGCGUGCUGGUCCAGGUGCCGGUGCCGGAGGACUGGGUGAAGGUGUCGCGCACCGUGGCCCUGCUGCGGCAGAAGUCCCUGAAGGCCCGGAUGAACCGUAACGCCUGCCUGGGCUCCGUCAGCGCCGCCGAGUCCCAGCCCGUCAUGCAGGUGUCCGUCGGCACCGUCAAGUACGAGAACGUGUACGGCGCCAUCGUGUGGAGGAUCGACAGGCUUCCAGCCAAGAACAUGGCAGUGGACCACCCGCACUCUCUCUCCUGCAAGCUGGAGCUCGGCUCGGACCAGGAGGUUCCCACCCACUGGUACCCCUUUGUAACUGUGGAGUUUAAGGUUGCCGAGGCAGUGGUGUCCGGGACUAAAGUGAAGUCGCUGGGCACGGAAAGCGACAUCCAGCCACAGAAGCACUUGAGUAGCAAGACGCACUACCAUUGCCAGGUGGAGAUCGAGAAGAAGUGGAUCGAAACUGAAUCACGGAGGCAGACUGACUGUGCGACGCAGUGACGUCCCCCCAACCGGGGUGGGGUGGGGUGGGGCGGGGUGGGGAUCUAUGCUUCUCCUGAGCGGAUGCACCCAAGAUGCCAGUCCCCAAAUUACUGACCCCAAUACCGAAAUAAAGAGGAAAACUGACUGAAAAAGGGACGACGUCGAUGUGGAGCAAAGCAUCUACGCGCUAACGGGCUCUUGUGCUUUUCCGUAGUGCACUGUUUAAUCAUCAGCACAUAUGCAUUCCAUUAUACGCACAUUUCUGUUUUACCUUAUGAUGCCAGUCCGCUGUUAUAGGAGGCAUGACCUCUGACCCUUUCUGUUUGUCAUGGCUCAUCACCUGAAGAGAAAUGAUAACUCUUAGCAGAACAUGUGCGCACACAUUCGAUUACUCUGAAUUAUGACUCCUGAGUGUUUGUUGCCAGGGGAGGAGAUUGCGGGUGAAAGCGAUGUGUUCUUGUUUCCCCCUGAGGUUGACGGGAAGCGGCACAUGUAUGCCAUAUAAUAACAUCUGUGUAAUGUGUAGUUACACACCUUUAUUCUGUUUUCUGGAGCUUGUUUUUGGAGACUCAGCAUGUCUGUUGCAAAUCUUUCCCUGCUGCUCGUGACAGCCUUGUGAUGUCAAAAAAACAAAAGAAAAAAAAAAAAACACUGCACAAUCAAACGCUCUUUCCCCUGCACAACUGCUAAAUUGUCUUAUGCUACGGGACAGACUUCUGAAAAAACAAGGGGAAAUCACCCUGUACUGGUGGAACUAUUGGAAGCAAGUCUGGGCUGUUCUUCAAUCACAAAUCUGUUUUGCCACAGGAUGGAGAUGAUGAGGAAACUAACAAGUAAAUUGUGUGGUAGCCAUUUUAAAGUAAUGGAGAGGUUGUUACACAUGCACUUUCUUUGAUUAACAAGCAAUUUGUUCUUAGCAAUUUAUGAAUGAAUUAAUUGCAUGUAAAAUUAAUUCCAUUAAGAUGGGCCUUCAUUUGUGUCUAGUAUAGUGUACUCGCACAAAGCUGAGGUAUGUAAUUAUAGUUUUAUGGAGUAUAAGGUGAACUAACUGCACAUUAAUAAGAGUUCAUAGCAUGUCAUUUGGAUAAAGACAUAGCCCAGGAGUACUGCAACAAAGCUAAAGUUUGCAGCAUGCGUUGGAUUAAUAUGCCCAUAUCUCAGUUUCUCUAGUAAGUUCUAAAUGUAAAUAAAUUCAAACUCAUUUCAAGACUUGUUUUGUAACGGUAAGAUCCAUGAUUACUGAUGUGGAAAAACUGUGAUCACUCAGUGUGCCGCUGCAUAAAACGAAUAAAUCUCUCAUCAGCAUAAUA